AUGCCUCCCCGCCACCAGACGCUCCCGCCCGCGGCCACGUCGUCGGCCCGCGACGCCCAGAAAUCCUUCUACUGCAACCUCUGCGCCAAGGGCUACGCGCGCAUGAACGACUACGAGGCGCACCUCGGCAGCUACGACCACGCGCACAAGCAGCGCGCCAAGGACAUGAAGGCCAUGGUCCGCGAUCCCGCCGCCGCCGCGCGCGCACGCAAGGCCGAGGCCAAGGCUGACGGCCUCGUCGCCAUCAAGAUGCCCGAGGCCGGCGCCGCGUCGACGACGGCGGGGUUCAAGAAGAGCGGCUUCAAGAAGAGUGGUUUCAAGAGCGCGAUGGUGCCGGUAGAGAGUGCGGCGCAGCAGGAGACGACGAGGGCCGCGCCGGCGCCGGUCCAGCCCGCGACGGUCAUUACGAAAGCACCGCUCGGGGCGGGACUGGGCGAGAGCGAUACCGAAGACGAAGGCUACGAAGUGUACGACCCGAGAUACCCGACUGAUUGA